AUGACGUCAACCGACCAGGUGGCGCCGGAGACGGCCAUCCUGGCAGAGUUUACCAAGUUUGAGCACGUGACCGUCGGGGUUCUUUACCUGCUGGCCUGUGUGGUAGGUUUGACCAGCAACCUCCUGACAGCCUGGACCUUCUACAAAGAGAGCCGACUGUUGAGUAUCAGCAAGCCCUGGCUGCACAUCCUCCUGUCGCUGGCCAACAUCGGGGUAGUGGCUGCCUCACCCUUCCCAGCAUCCUCCAGCUUCAGUGGCAGGUGGCUGUAUGGACAAGCGAUGUGCCAGUUGUACGCCUUUGAGGGAAUGUUCUUCGGUAUCGCCGCCAUUGGCGCAGUCAUCGCCCUGUGUGUGGAGCGCUACUACAUCGCCAACAGACUCUCGUCUGGCUCCAAAGAUGGCAGCGGCUGGUUCUACACCUGGUCCCUGAUACUUGUCGUGGGUAACGCUCUGUUCUGGGCCACCAUGCCUCUCCUGGGAUGGAGCCGGUACGCCAUCGAACUCACGGGAACAUCGUGCGCUAUCGACUGGGCGCACCCAGACCAGAGCUACAUCUCCUACAUGGCCACGCUGACCAUCUUCUCCUUCGUUGUCCCGCUGCUGGUGGCCUUGCUGUGUGUCCGCUCUGCUCACGUGACACCUGCCAGCCAAUCAGUCCCUGGGUCCAGCGAGUCCAGCCAAGGUCAAGGGCCGUCACAGGUGACAGAACACAGUCCUGGCUCUUUCACAGAGACCCAGCUACGAAUGAUGUGUUACAUCUUUGUACUCCUGGUGCUGAUUGGCUGGGGUCCGUUUGCCUUCCUGUGUACCACGGCCAUGUUUGGAGGCUCUAGCGGCAUGUCCAUGCUGGCCGCAUCCAUCCCUCCACUGACCUGCAAGCUGAUGGUCACCAUGUACCCCGUGGUGUACGCGGUUGUGUCCCCUCGCUUCCGCCACAGCUUCAUGUCCAGCCUCGGGCUUUCUGAUCGCAAGCAAGACUAG